AUGGUGGGGACAAUUACCGAUGAAAAGAAUUAUGUGCCGAAGCAACUAUUACCCGCUGCGUUCUGGAUUGCUGGUAAGCUGAACCUCUUCUUCCCCUAUGAAUAUGCAGAAGAAAUACGAGGAAUUGCCAAUGCCUCUGGAUUGCCGUUAGGUCUUGUGGUGUCAAUGAAUAUUCUUUAUGAUAUUUUAGCCUUUGAUAGGAAACAUAUCUUGCAACUGGGAUGUACAUCAAUUGUUGCACAAAAUGCAAACGGAACCAUUUUCCACGGACGGAAUCUGGACUACCCGAUGGGCGAUCUCCUGAAAAACGUCACCAUUAUCGCAGAUUUCACUCGGGGACGAGGCCGUGAUAAGAGAAUCGUCUACAGUGGUGUUACAUUCGCACUUUCUUCCAUCUUGUUAACGGGUCAAAAUGACGCCUUCACAUUGAGUCUCAAUGCCCGCUGUAAGGAUUUUCGAAUGUCAACAGUGACGCGAUUUAUGGACCAUGCGCUUAUAAUACGGCAAUUCGGUCCAUAUUUUAUGCCAGAUUUCUGCCUCAACAUCUUUAAUGUCUCAGGAGUUCCCACCAUUCGCACACUGUUGAUAUUUUCUGGAAAGAGCUUACGAGUAGCACGCAUUCAGGUUUUGGCGUCAUCAAAAACCUAUUCCGAAGCACUGAAUCAUCUUUCGAACCGUCACUUAUUCUCUCCGUCGUACAUCAUUCUUGGGGGACGUGAACGGGGAGAAGGGGCGAUCAUAUCAAGGGAUCGCAUGCGUGCUGCCGAUGUGAGGACUCUGAGUGAUGACAGAUGGUUCUUAGUAGAAACUAAUUUCGAUCCCUGGAAAAAACCCGGUGACAAGAGGAGGGCCACUGCUCAGAAAAAGCUGACAGCCAUAGGACAGAAGGGACUAAAUGCAGAAACGAUGCUGGAAGUUCUGCGAACAGUUCCAGUAAAGAACGACCUGACUCUUUUCAGCACGGUUAUGAGCGCUCGAUUUCCUUCGCUCAUGAGAAACACCACUUUCAUCUGGACCUAA